GAGCGACUGCAGUGAGGACAGCGAUGACCUAUCACCCGAACGUGACACUGGACUCAGUGAAACGGUCACUGGGGGUUUACAUUCCAAAAAUAACUUGCAUGUCCUUGACCCAGUUAUGUCACGUAAAGAUGGCUGCUCUUCACCGAGCCAGGGGGACCAUGGUCUCAUGGUUAAGACAGACGGCGCUGGAGGUCAAAAGACAGACAAAGACAGCGGUUGUGGGGAGUGCAGCAAGCGUCAGAAAGAGUUACCCGAAACGUCAAUUUCAUUUGUCUGUCAUCAAAGUUUAUACGAUGACAUGAAAAUUUCAAUCAAGUCUGAAGCUGAUUUGAACUCUGCUCUCGGUGACCAGAAAGACAUACAAGAUAAUUCUUGUGAUUUAGAGUCGGAAAAACAUUUGGCAGGGAAUGAGACGGAGGUGGAUGAAGCCUCAAGAGUUUUCGGAGCUAAGAACUCAGAUAAGGGAAGUGAGAAAGAUCAGAGCCCAGAUGAAGCCCACUCAAAUUUGACCACUUUGAUGGACAAAAAGCCUAGCAGUGAACAGAAGGAAGAUGGUUAUAUCAUGACAUCAGGGAUGAAAUCUUGUAUGGAAAGCUCCUUGAAUGAAACUAAAAACGUUUGGGACACGAAGGUAUCUCUCGAAAACGAGGCUGCCGCCCAAGUGACGCAAAAUAAUUGCGGCCCAGAGAAUGUAGCUAAACAAGUCAAUUAUCAGAAUGGAAAUGGUCAGGUAAGACACCGUCAUCUCAUAGAGUUUGAUGUACCGCCAGAUGUUGAAAUCUUAUCACGUGGCCCAGAACAUGAUUCAGAAUACGGAUCGGAGCCUGACACGUGUGCUCAAUCUUGCAAGAAAAUGUCAUUAAAUGAAAGGAGAACAGAAAAGGAAAUCACAGCAAAUCACUUGCACAAGGACAAAGACACCUCAGAUCCAAGAUACGUAUCAAAGUCAACAUCAUCAGCCAUUUUAUUUCCCACACCAGGAAGUUCCCCACCAGCAUCUGAAGGUGUGACGUUGAAAAAUGCUGAACUUAAAGAUGGUACAAGCUUCACGGCACCGAGAAGUCUGUCCCUGGUGAAUUUGAACAGGCAAUCCCAGGAGUACAAACCUUUGGCCCACUUCUACCUUGAAGGCAAUGAUGAAAGCGUCCUGGAUUUCUCAAACAGACCUGUCAGCACGGACAGCGUCAUGGAUUUCUCAAAGAGAAGCUCCUCGUUUUCGGGCUUUGGUGAAUUUCAACCCAGAGACUCAUCAUCUCAUGACCAGCCAGACGUCACGGGGCCCACGUUGUCAGGUGAUGUGCACGCUCUGAGUGAAAAGCUAAGGAUGCCCGAGCAGAAACGAAGACUUGCGGAACUUUUGCGAGAACCUCUGAAAGAUGGAGCGGGUUUUCCUAUGCACAGUCAAGACAGGUUUGUCCACAAUGCACCGCAUGUGCUAUAUAGUUCCCAGAGGCAUCUUGAGACUGAAAUGUCUCUCAGGAGAAGGGAACUUGGAGACUGUUGCCUUGAUCAAAGUGAGAUGACACAUCCCACAGAGAGGCGUCUUGAGCCUGGAAUGUCUCUCAGAAGAAGUGACCUUGGAGACUGUUGCCCAGAUCAAAGGAAGACGACCUAUCCCACAGAGAUGCAGUUUGAGCUAAACCAAGUAUCAGAUGAGCCCAGUGGUGCCUACAAUAAACUCCAACAGCGUCGACGCAACACAAUGCCUACAAAAUUGUCCAGCGUCUCUUACUCACCAUACAACGUCCCUGGUAGCCCAGGUCAAGGUCACGAUAAUCAUAAAGGUCAUACAAAAAUGACCACAAGCUGGUCAAUGCCAUCCGUUCCUCUACUGGACGUCAGUAGGUCCACUGACAAGCUGUCGUCACGGUCCACCCCGAAUGGGGCUGGUAAUCUAGGCAAUCCAAACGGUUAUCUGUCUUCACCUGCUGGUCAGGCACCGGUCAGCACACAAUACUCGAUGGCAAGUUACGUCAACACUCCUGUAUCUUCGGGUGCCAGUUACAUACAGUCAACCGUGCAACAGAAGAAUGUGUUCAAAACACCUACAUCAUAUUCACUGGCUGGAGGGCUUCCCAAAUUGUAUGAGUCUGUCCCCCUGUCCUCACGUGAUACGGAGGAUGGCCCUAUCGAUAUGUCUUCACCAACAAAAUCUCGACACCAAAUUGUGGGCAAGGACAUAGCCGUAAACCACACGCCAAGUACCGGCCUUACUUCCACCCAAGGUAACCAUUAUGGGGAACCCUUUUACAUGACGGCAACCCACCAGAUCCCUCCACCAAGCCAUCAGAUCCCUCCACCAAGCCAUGACAUCUCCCACACUCUUUCAUCCCACCUUGUCUUGCCACUUCACAACAAGUACGUUCCCAACCGCAGCGCCCCCAACUCCUCCAACCCCCACCCCUAUUUGCCCGGAUCACAAUGCCACCCAUCCCAUCCCAAUUCUGGUCCUGAACCCUCUGCCCGCGACUACCCCCAACGUAAGGAUUUCCUCGCAGCCCAGCGUGCUCACGAGGAUCCGCUCCUCGGUCGUCCCCGCUCGCUCUCUGUCUCCGUCAUCGGUAAGCGUCGCUUGAGCCGAAGCAACAUCCACAAGCUCCUCACGGAACAGCCCGAACACAGUCAUGAGCAGCGACCUCCUUUGUCGCCACUGCGUCAGACAUAUCAUAUACCAUAUCCUCACCUCUAAACCUGGCCACCAGGAUUGUCUCAGUAGUAGCUCAGAUGUCACGGUUCGCUUGCUCGUAUUUUAUUUCUAACCCAUCUCCUCAUCUCUUUGGUCAGAUACACCCUCUCUGGGUUGGGUUCUUGUUUUUCCGUUGGUCUAGCUAGUGAAAACAUUCACCCGUUGCUGUGCUGCAGAGAAGGUGUGCAAUUCUGUUUUGUUUAGAGAUUUCGUUAUGUGACAAGUACCACACGACUUACCCAGUUCAAUGAAUAACUUUAAGAUGUUCAGAGUGUAUUGUGAUAUAUUAUUACUGAUUUUGUGUGUGUGUGUGAAAGGAUAUGGAUAUAUUCUAUCACUUCCUGUGCCAUCUAUAAUGCGGAUUAUGCAGC